UAGGACGCACAGUGCCCACAACGAAUGUAGCCACCGUGUUUCGGGAGACAGCAGCCACGAUUUUGAGACGUCUUCAUUCAUUUUUUUAAACGGAGCAUGAGAACAUACUGAGGGUCACGACGCUGUUUGAGGAUACAGAACAACCAUAGCACCCAUUUACUAGGGAAUCAAGCCGGGUGUUCUGAAUCUAUCGCCUCUUCUCAGUCCUCAGCCAUCUUGACUGCCCCAGCUCGCCUGAAGGCUACUUCCCCCCCGCUCCUCCUCCAAAGGAAGUAUACAGUUUGCAAAUUGCUUGCAACUACGUGCCAAAAGAGUGAGCGAGAUGGGUUCACUGUACGCGAUCUAAUUGGACUGAACUGGCUCUGGCAAGAGAAAGAAACAAGCAGAGGACUAUAGUACCGCUGUUGUAUCAACAGAGAACAGGUACACCAUAAAGGAUGGAGUACUACCUGUUGGGGAUAUACCUGCUUCUUGCACUUGCUAUUUUACCAAGAUCCAGUUGCACCACGGCUAAGGAGAUCACCUGCCAGGAGAUAGCCGUGCCUCUGUGCAAGGGGAUCGGCUACAAUUACACUUACAUGCCCAACCAGUUCAACCACGACACCCAGGACGAGGCGGGCUUGGAGGUACACCAGUUCUGGCCUCUGGUUGAAAUCCAAUGUUCGCCGGACCUCAAGUUCUUUCUCUGCAGCAUGUACACUCCUAUAUGCCUAGAUGACUAUAAGAAACCACUACCGCCGUGCAGGAGUGUCUGCGAGAGAGCGAAGGCAGGCUGCGCGCCUCUUAUGAGACAGUAUGGUUUUCCCUGGCCAGACAGAAUGAAGUGUGACUUGCUACCAGUUCAAGGCAAUCCGGACAUGUUAUGUAUGGACUACAAUAGGACGGACUCCACCACAGUUUCACCAAUCCUUUCUAAACCCACCAAUUAUCCGGGUAAGGCGUUUAACCCUAAUAAAAACAACAAUGGACAUAACCGACCAAGUGUACCGGGUAAAUUUAAACCCCCGGUAUCUCCCUGUGAGCCGCAGUGCAAAUGCCUUUCCCCCAUGGUCCCAGUAAACACUGACCGGCAUCCUCUCUACAACCGGGUAAAGACCGGCCAGCUCCUGAACUGCGCCAUGCCGUGCCAUAACCCCUAUUUUACGCAAGACGAGAGAACGUUUACUGCGUUCUGGAUAGGACUGUGGUCGGUGUUAUGUUUCGUAUCUACAUUCGCAACUGUUGCCACUUUUCUAAUUGACAUGGAGAGGUUCAAGUACCCAGAGAGACCAAUAAUUUUCCUCUCCGCUUGUUACAUGUUUGUUUCCAUCGGGUAUAUUGUUCGGCUAAUCGCUGGACAUGACAAGGUUGCCUGCAACCGGGAGUAUGACGUGGAACACAUACACUACGAGACCACCGGCCCCGCACUAUGUACUGUUGUUUUUCUAUUGAUUUAUUUUUUUGGCAUGGCCAGUUCUAUCUGGUGGGUAAUUCUCUCCAUGACAUGGUUCCUGGCUGCAGGGAUGAAAUGGGGAAACGAGGCCAUAGCUGGUUAUUCCCAGUAUUUCCACCUGGCUGCUUGGCUUAUCCCCAGUAUGAAAUCUAUUGCGGUUUUGGCCCUCAGCUCUGUGGACGGCGACUCAGUGGCUGGGAUAUGCUACGUUGGCAAUCAAAACUUGGACAAUCUGAGAGGGUUUGUGUUGACCCCCCUGGUCAUCUAUUUAUUUAUCGGCACUAUGUUCCUCCUGGCCGGAUUUGUGUCCUUGUUCAGGAUACGCAGCGUCAUCAAACAGGGUGGCACCAAAACGGACAAGUUGGAGAAGUUGAUGAUAAGGAUAGGGAUAUUUACAGUGUUGUACACCGUCCCGGCCACGAUUAUAGUGGCGUGUUACUUCUACGAGCAGCACAACAGACAGAGUUGGGAGAUAACGCACAACUGCUCCUGUCUAUUGGAGCAUGAACUGUACAAGCCGGACUACGCUGUCUUCAUGUUGAAGUACUUUAUGUGCCUUCUGGUAGGCAUCACGUCCGGUGUGUGGAUAUGGUCGGGGAAGACCCUGGACUCAUGGAGGACAUUCUGCACACGCUGCUGUUGGGGUAGCAAAGGCACGAGUGGCUCAAUGUAUAGUGACGUGAGCACAGGACUAACCUGGAGAUCGGGUACUGCCAGCUCUGUAUCUUGUCCUAAACAAAUGCCCCUGUCACAGGUUUGAAAUGUAACCCAUGGACUCCUAAUUGUUCUUGAGAAUUUCUAUCUCUAUUUUUAUCCAAAUUAGCGUUUUAACGCUAAGUGUUCAAGGCCUUUGUGGAGGGAAAUGAUGGAGAACUGGUUAAAACAAUGAACUUGGCAUUAACACGAGUUAAUUCCUUCCCAUUCAUAUGUAUAGAAUCUACUGCAGACGCUUCUGUGCUAAUGAGUAUUAGGUGUUGUUCUUUCUUUUCAAGCAAACAUAUUUCGUUCCUAACCCAAAAUCUCGAAGAACUGUGGUUUGAUAACUUUUGCAUAGUGUCAGUCAGAUAUAAUUAUAAUAUAAAUCACAACAAUCUCAAAAAUUGUUUAAAUUAAGCCUUACUAGUGCCCAAAUAUGAUAGGCUACGGGUCGAUUUUUUUAAUUGCAAAAAAUGUAUUUAUAUAAUGGUUAUGUAUAAACUUGUAAAUUCUGUAUAAAAGAUGAUGUAUAAGCUAUUGUAAAUGUGUAUAAAGUGUAGAUGUCUCUUUGUGAAAAAGCAAAUAUGACUUUUAUUUUGACAAUAAAAAAUAUUUUUGAUUUA